AUGUUCGGCAGCGACGAUGAUAUGCAGGACAAUCCAGCUCCGGGAGCCAACCAUCGUCCAGGUGGAAGGUCCCCUAUGGGACAAAUCAAAGGCCAAUUCACCAAACAGGCCAACAAAAUGAAAAGUCUGGCCGACAAUGUCCAGGCCAUUUUGGACCAACAAAACGAGCCAGGUCAACCAGCGCGAAUCAAUGCUCUAAAAAAGAAGCUGGUCAAAGGCCUCGGCGAAAUUUCGAACUACAAACUAUCUAUCGAACAAAAGAUAAACGAAAACGAAAUGCUCAAACAAAACAAGAACGACAAUAUCAAAACAGUGCAAGAGCAUUGCGACCAACUAAACUACGGAGCUAUACAAGCUAGACUAGGUGAACUGCUAGCGAAAGUCGAAAGAUUCUUGCUCGAGUCACCACCUCCCCAGGGAGAAGAUCUCGACGAGGAAGAUUCGGAUUUCGAACAAGCGAUGGGCAUACUCAACCCGGCCGACCGAACUCUCGACGAAAGCCGUCAGGAACCGGCGCCACGCCCUACAAACUAUCAUGCCACUCGCAGCACUUCUGGCCAAGGACUCCCACCGCAGCAACCUGCCAAUCGAGGACGAGGACCCCAGCUUCUCGCUAUUCUGCAGCCUGCCAAUCACGGUACAUCGGGACAAGGACUCCAUCCUCCACCGCAGCAGCCUCCGUCGCAGCAGCCGCCACAGCCAGUCAGCAUCAACAAAGUGGAAGUCGAACGCCUACAGACCGAAAUGCUAGGCCAACGAGAAAUUAUCCAAGCGCUCCAACAACAAAUCGACGAGAUGAGGAGAACGAGCCGUCAAGCUCAGUCAUCUCACGGCUCGCCCUUCUACCAAGAAAUGGCAAGACCAACAACUCGUCCAACAACUACUAUCGAUUCGGUGCGCGAUAUUCUCGACACACUGGACAGCUUUUCGGGAGAAGAACCGGACAAAUACCCGGAAUUCAUAACCCAAUUUGAUCAGCUAGUCAACAAAAACGAAACAUUCACCGACGAGACUAAAUACUGUAUCCUAAAGAAACUACUAAAAGGCGACGCUAGAUUGCUGGUCACCACUACUACGUUUUCCAAAGCAGACUACGAACAGACUUUGAAACUACUCAAAGCCACGUACUCUACUGAUAGACGUCCCAUUCUCACGGCGACGUUCCGGAAACUCCCUUUCCACGCCUCCGACUUCGAGGAGAUGGAGAAGGAUCUGGCCAAGCACAUCAUCACCGCCAACCGUCUCAAACUCUACAAUAUCGAUAUCAACCAUCCACUCAUCAUCGAGGAAUUCAUUAAGAAGACCCCGAACCCGAUCAUGACUCACGUCCUCAGGCAGCUUCGGACCAAGGAGCUCUCUUUCGAGGAUGUCACAAAGACGGUCAGAGAGAAGAUCAUGGAGAUGAGAUUCAUCGACGAUGCAUCGCACGACCAGAAGUUGCGGGUGUCAAGCAACGAGGUGUGCGUAGCCCAGGUGCCGGAAAGGAACGGUUCCUCAAAAUACUCAAAACAGGACCGCUUCAACAAACGAAACAAAGACAAUAGCAAUGACAAAAAAUCGAACGAAAACAAAACGACUAAAGGUGGUUCUCGCACUGACAAAGAAGGGAGCUCGGGCAAACCGAAGUGCUUCUUCUGUAAAAGCGCGGAUCACCACCCGACUAAAUGCACUAAACCGGCAGACGAAAAGAAGAAGGUGAUGAACGAGGAGAAGCGGUGCCUAAACUGUGGUACUCAAGGCCACGCCCGAAAUAACUGCAAAUCCUCAUUCUCCUGCUUCUUCUGCGGCAAAAGACAUUUCUCCGGAAUGUGUGAGACCGGAGACGUGGCUAACCAAUACAAUAGGAUGAGCGAAGAACGAAAACAGGAGCUGAGAACAUUUUUUUUCGUGGCCCCCCACGAUCAAUAA